CAAACCCUUUUCUGUUUCUUCUUCAAAUUCAUUUUCACUCUCUUGCCAUCUGCGCCUAAGAUUUUCACCGGAGAAGGAAGAUGGCAUUCAGUGGGACAACAGAGAAAUGCAGGUCCUGUGAUAAGACAGUUCAUUUCUACGAUAUGAUAUCCGCCGAUGGAGUCCCUUAUCACAAGACUUGCUUCCGGUGCACUAAAUGCAAUGGACUUCUCGUGAUGAGCACCUAUUGUGCUAGGGAUGGAGUCCUUUACUGCAAGCCUCACUUUGAGCAGGUCUGCAAGGCGACCGGCACUUAUACAUCCAAAGAUAAACCUAAGCCAAAUGGACUGCAAAGGGCUCCAAGCAAAGUUGCAGCCAUGUUCUCAGGCACUCAAGACAAAUGUGGAGUCUGCAAUAAAACUUGCUACCCAUUGGAGAAGGUGACCGUGGAAGGAGAAAUAUAUCACAAGAACUGCUUCAGGUGUGCUCAUGGGGGCUGCUUUCUUACGACAUCGUCAUAUGCUGCAUUAGAUGGCUUCCUCUACUGCAAGCACCAUUUCUCCCAGUUGUUCAAGGAGAAAGGCAGUUACACUCACCUCACGAAAACAACUUCGAUGAAGAAAACUGCGGACGGAGAUGGAGGCGAGUCCGAUCACGAAGCCGAGAGCACCGAAACCGAGGCUCAAACGGCUGGGGAAGAUCACCAAUGAUGGAAAUACUUACACACUUGAACCUUCAUGGGAGAUUGUGCUUUAAAAUCUCAUUAUUUUGCUGUUUGGUCUUUGUUU